AUGAACCCUGAAGGAUACGUAUUAGAUAUCGCCACGUUCGCAAGACUUGCGCACGAAAAAGAGUCAUAUCUCAUCGUUGACUCCACUCUUGCUCCACCUCCCCUACAGUUCCCGUUCAAGUACGGUGCGGAUUACGUUGUGUAUUCGGCGGUGAAAUACUUGGCUGGAGUUUCCGAUCUCGGCGCAGGGUUUGUGGUGAGCAAGAAAAAGACGGAUAAAGCAAACCUUCACAGCGAGAGACACUCUCUCGGGACGACGAUUGCCAACUUUGACUCUUUCCUGCUACUGAGGUCCCUAAGAACGUAUAAAAUGAGAAUGCUAACCCAAUGCCAGAACACGGAAAAAAUAGUCACCUAUCUCAAGGAGAGCAUGGGCAAGUAUAGCAGGGUGAUCAGUAAACUGCAUCACUCUUCUCUUCAGCUGGAUCCCUUUGUCAAACAACAGCUGAAUGGAUUCUACAACCCCGUACUGGCUAUUGAGUUUAAAAGCGAAGAACUCGCGCAGCUCAUUCUCACAAAAUUCAACUUUUUGAGUAACAACCCAAACAUCGAGGGAGGCGAAACCGUGACCUCAUCAAAGACAUUGACCAAGCUUUAA